UGUAGGAUAAACGAAUGUACGCUGGGAAGUAAAUAUAGCAUUUUUUUUUUUAUGAAAAAGCAUAGCAAUUAGAAAUGGUGUUCCUUGGUCCACAGCUGGUCAUCACGCUAGUGAUGGUCAGCCUCAUACAGAAGCUAGGGCCACACUAUUCAUUCGCCAGAUGGCUCCUCUGCUCCACUGGCUUGUUCCGGUAUCUGUAUCCUACAAACGACGAACUGAGAGCACUCGCGGGAGUGCCAAAAGAAACUGGAAAGUCAAAAUCUAAAAGAAGCACAAAACACCUGGAGAAUGGAAAGACAGCUGAGACGUUUCAUGUGCCAAGAAAUUUAGAUAUUCAGCUAGAAACUGCACCGAUAACUUACCUGGACGUAAUCCAUCUGAAGUACUACACAGAGUAUUCGUAUCUCCUUGAUUUUGCACUGUACUCUGGCAUUGUGUACAUUGCAACCGAGCUUAGCUCAUUGGUUUUCCACAUGAAAGGCGAGAUGAACAUGAGCAUUUUUUGGUGUUUGGUGGUUGUGGGGUUCGCCACCAAGCUCCUGCUGUCCCUCACGACGGAGUACUUCAAGAGCGAGGAGUCGGUGGGCGAGCGGUCGACGGUGGUGGUGAUGGGCUUCGCCUACCUGCUGGUGGCCAUGAUGGUGCUCAUCGUGGACGAAGAGAGGCUGGAGGUGGGCCUCGACACGGCCUACCGCAGCUUCAACGCGAGCGCCUGCGCCUUCCUCGAGCUGCAGGGCCUGAACUCGACAGGCCCUGCAUCCAAGAUAGUGCUGAAGUUUUUCAUGGCGCUGUGGUGUGCCAUGAUCGGUGCAUUGUUCACAUUCCCUGGUCUGAGAAUGGCUAAAAUGCACUGGGACUGUUUGAAGUACUGCCGAGAGAACUUCCUGCUGCGACUCCUGCUGAACGUCAGCUUCGCGUCGCCGUUCGUGGCAGUCCUGCUGUGGGUGCGGCCGGUCGCUCGCGACUACCUGACGGCCCGGGUCUUCAGCGGCAUGACUGAGCCCUUGAUGAGCGAGCGGGUGUUCGACAGCCUGCGUGUGUGCUUCGUCGUGGCGACGGUGCUCUCGCGCCUCGCGGCCAUGCCCGUCUACCUGCAGGCCUACCUCAACAUCGCCUACCACCGCGUGGAGCAGCAGAAGAAGGAGGCCGGCCGCAUCACCAACGUCGAGCUGCAGAAGAAGAUUGCAGCUGUGUUCUAUUACCUCUGUGUCGUCAUGUUGCAGUACAUUGCACCUCUUUUGAUCUGCCUUUACCUGACACUCACAUACAAGACUUUAGGUGGAUACAGUUGGCUGGGGGCCCCGAGCAACGUGACUGCACUCGAUGGCGAACCUGUUCUGAGCAGGCUGGCAGACACGACAGAUAACGACUCGUUACUCCACACUGCAGAACACUUCACGCUCACCUUGGACUCUCUCAAGCAGAUAUUCACUACAGAAGUCCUGAGAGGAUUUUAUGGAUUCACGACUUGGUGGACGUGCUUUGCACUGUUUGCGAGCACGUCCUUGGGGAUGGUGUACCAGUCGUACUUCAGCCACGCAUAGUCAUGGAUGGCUCUGGAUUGUUCCAUCCACGGAGCUGGAAGCGCUUGGGAAGUAAAAGCAGUAGUUUUGUCCACAAGUGGUUAGAUGAAGUCCUCAGUUUCGCCAAGUGUUUCCCGCCACCCCUCCCCCAGUGAAUCCUGUGAAAUGCUCAAAAUGGUCGGAGGAAUGUCGAAGCUACCGGCAACGUCAGUUUUUGACCGAAGCAGCGUCCGGGAUAGGGCGAUGCGUGUUUGUGAUGUAAACUCGAGGCUUCCGCAAACGAGCGUGCAUGACACGGGGUCCGUCACUUGACGGCAUUGUGCGCAGAAUCGCUUACGAGAUCAACCUGAACCACAAAGAUAUUAGAAUAGAAUUGCUUCACACCGCUGACUAUGUAUCUCUGGGAAAAACGGACGAGUGUACGGGCAGAUGUGAGCAGUACGAUGCCGGUGCAAAUUGAGAGCAAAGCACAGGCGUUACAGCUGUCUACUCAAACAUCUCAGCGUAGUACUCGUCUUUCAGUGUGACCACAACUCAGUCGUAGCAUUUGUUGGUUUUUAUUUUGAGGCUACACCCGCUACUAUAAAUGACAGUUAAAGAGUGCUUAGUAUUACACAAUGGCAGCUGUGGUCGAUGUGUGGUGUAUACACGAUCCUCAAAUUAAAGAGAAUAGUUUUGUUGUUAUUUAUGAAAAUGUUUAAACUGGAAUUCCUUGCAGAUUGAAAACAAAAAAAAGAUGGGAAAAAUUGACUUUUUUGUCUUCCGUGUUUUUUUUAAAUAUAUGUUACAGACGUAAGAACAAUGAAAAAUAUGCAUCUAUAAGAUAUCAGAACAAACUAGGUUAUUUUCAGGCACAAGUAAUACAGUAAUAUAAAAUAUAAAAAAUAUAAAAAAAAUUAAAUAUAUAAAUAUUAUGUCCUAACAUAAUUAAGCGCACAAUCUUAAGUGAUGUGUAAUUUAAACCCUAAAUAAAAUACGUACAUUGUUAGUACUGGAGGGAAAUUUUAAAUGGGAAGCUGCCACGAGAAGUAAGUUUUUGCAUGUUGUGUGGAUUUGUCAUCUUUGCUGAUUUUUUCUGAGAGUGUGUGUGUUAUGUUUAUUAAAUAAGUGCCUUAUCACCUUCACCAUUCUAAGUAAGGGGGAAUUUUGUGUGCUUGCUGAUGUGCCAUUUGUUAGCAUUCAAAUUUGCGAAAUCAGAACUUUUGAACUGUUAACAUAUUGAAUUAUCUGUCAGGAUGUAUUUUGUUUAGAUAUAUGUAAAUAAUAGCUUUUGAACUUCAAAACAAUUGCAAUUUUUCUUUUAUUUUCAAACCAUAAGUAUAUCUCUGGUAAUGCUGUUGAAAUUAGAUGGUGUUAAAUGAUAAAAAGCUUUUAUUUGGAAGGUAAAUAUAUCUUUAGGUAUUUUAAUAUACGGAAUGGCUGACUUGAAUUACCGUCUGUAAUUUUGGAUCCCUAUAGCAUUUGUGAUUUGUCUGAUUGAGCUCAACACAUUUGUAAAAGAUUCAGGAACAGGCCAUUUGGGAUACAGAUUUUGUAAUCAUAAGUAUUUUUUUUUUUUUUGCAUAAUUUGAUGAGCUUUCCAUGUGUCUUUCAAAGAGAGAAAGAAAUAAAAUGCAAUUUUAUUUGUUAUUUGCCCCUAGCUCGUAGAAAUGUGUUACUACAUUUGACUGGAAAGUUAUACAAUAUUGUUGUCACCUAUUUAAAAGUCUUCUUCAGGAUAACAAAAGUUUGUAAUGAAAUAGCUGUAAAUAAGGACUAGAAAGUGUAAUCAAUGGUAGCUGACUAAUCCCCUGCAAAAUGUUUGAGAAGACCAUAUUCUUAUUAUGUAAAUGCUACAUACACAUGCAUCCAUUGUAUUUUGUAAUUGAUGAGCAUAAGUUAAUAAAUUUCAUACAGUUAUGUCCAAGAGAAAUGGUUGAAAAGUGUACAUUCGUUUGUGCUAUUUCUAUUGAGAAAAAACAUUUUUGUAGCAUUUGUUGGACCCCUAUUCUUUUUUAUGCAUGUAAGUGAUUUAGAAUGAGAUAUGUUCAAUGGGAGUGAAGAUAAUUUUAGUUUUGUGUUUAGUGUGAAUCCAAAGAAAGUGUAAUUUGACUAAGUCGUUUUUACAUUUUUGAAUGAUAUAAAUAAUUAUUAUGUAUUUGGCUGUUACAUGAAAAUUUAUGUAUUUGGCUGUUACAUGAAAAUUUAUGUAUUUAUGUUAA